AACACUCUCAUUUUCGUCUCAAAGAGAAAAUUCUUUAUUAGAUCUAGCCUACUCUCUACUGUAGUGUUGUCAACGUGAAUCUUACAGGUUGAAGUGAUACAAACUCUAACGUACCCGAGAAGGUGACGACAGUAAAAGUCUUCCCAUACGUUCCUGUAUCUUCAAAUGGGUUUUAUGUUUACCAAAGUCCAGCAUAAUGACGCAGAGAGUAUACCGACAGAGACUACGGGUCUAGGCCAAUCAGAUUCCUCUGAUUCAUCAAGUCACUAUAUGCCACCUCCUUAUAUGCGAUCUGCCUGUACCCCAGCUGCUUGUCUACCCCGUGACUUUCCACCAGCUGAUGCAGAUAUUGAAGACAACCAAACGGGUGCCAUGAAACCUACACCUCGCAUCGAUCUCCUACUGAUAGGACGAACCGGGAAUGGCAAGAGUGCGACAGGAAACACGUUACUGAGGGAGAAAAAAUUCACGAGCAAGUCGAGUACCUCCUCUAGAACUAAGCAGAUGGACUAUGGGAUUACAGAGUUCAAAGGUCGUAAGAUAAAAGUCGUGGAUGGUCUGACAAUUUCUGAUACCAGACUGGACGAGGAGGGGUCAGUUGAGCAGUUGAACGAGGCCGCUAAGUUGGCUCUGGCAGUCAAUCCUGAGGGCUACCAUGCCUUCCUUCUCGUCCUGAAAUAUGGCAAUAGGUUUACACGUGAAGAACAGGAGACGGUCCAGGUUUUAAAGAAAAUAUUCGGGGAAAAUUUUGUUCGAGAUUAUUGCAUUUUAAUCAUCACGUGCGGGGAUAUCUUCUGGGCCAAGCAGGAUGCCAAAGGCGGCGAUGGUAUAACCUUCUCUCAGUGGUUGAAAAAACAAGAUGGCGCCUUUAAGGAUUUGUAUCUGGAAUGCAACAGGGCUGUCAUGUUCGACAACUCGUGCGACUCUGAGCUGGACUAUGACGAUCACAUUGAGGCGUUGUUAGCGAGGGUGGAUGAGAUCUUCUGCAGCCGCCGCUACAACCUCACACAUAAAGUCCAGCUGACUAACGACUCCGUGCUAAGCGAUCAACCCGGGCCUUCUGUGACCAGCGAGACGAUGAAAGAAGUCGGCACAAGUCUGGCUCAGAUGCACAUCGCACACAACUCUACCCAACCAGAGAACGUGACGCUGUGCGACAUGUUCCUACGUCAGACCAAGGUGGUGGAGGGUUUAGUCGCACAACAGGAACAAUUUCUGGUAGCUCUCCGUGACCUGACGCAAGCCGUGGACACCCUACAGAAAAAGGUUUCCGAUGAAAGUUCUCCCUCUCUGAGCAGUGUUGAUGAAAUAAAACAACGCCGGUCGUCUGGUGAAGCGACGCAAGAGAGGAAUCAAAAAGAAGAAAUUGACAACGAGAAUGACGAUGUGAAACACGACAUGGGGGACUUCAACCGUGCUGAGGAGAAGAAAUUUGAAGACACCUUGAAGAAAAGGAAAUUAGAAAGAGCCAAGGGAAUCCUGGAGAAAGUGGAGAGGAUUAGGGGGUGUGGCAAGCAGUUCCACAACAUUAGAGCCAGUCAGUUCAGGUGGGACUUCUAGUCACAAUACUGCCCACUCUUUAAAAACUUGGUCUAGACCGAUCAAGCUAGGGCCCGAGUGAAGCUGGGUUAGAUUUCUACAUUAUGCACUUUCACAUUUUGUAAUACUAGAUAUUGUCCGUUUUACAUUUUUUAUAAUCUUUUAUCAUUUUUUUUCAACGUAAUUUUUUUUCCUAAUUGAAACUUAUUUCAAAGACAUUGCAACAAAUUUAAAAGUAAACUUUUUAAAAAAAAUAAUAUUUAACCUAAAUCUAGGGUAAUUUAUGUUUUAAAAUGUAAAUCGCCUUAGAGAUUGUUCAGCCAUUUAAAGCAUGCACCACCUCUAAUACAACAAAACAUGCUUCUGAUGGCGCUGCCUGUACGUUAUUUAAACAACUAAUCGAACGGUGUAUUCCAUUGAUUUUAUAUACUUAGCUACCACUUCUAUUUAGAUCUAGUACUUAUUUCUUUUACUGAACCAAUGUUUUAUCUUAUGGAAUUUUUAAAUUUUUUAUCACUUUAUCCACUUUAUAGAUCAUACGAAUAUGACUUUUAUAAUAAAAAAUUACACUG